UGUGUGUGUGUGUGUGUGUGUGUCAGUGCAGCAAAAACCCCUCAACAAACACACACACACACACACACACACACACACACACACCGGCUCGGUUUACCGCCGCCUGUCAGUCAUCACGGAGCCGUUACAUAUUUUAUUUUGACCGCGAACAUGUCGGACUUCGAAGAAUUCGAGAAGCAGCUCAGCGAGAAUCGGCAAGAGCGAGAAAGAGAACGACACAAAAAGAGGAGUCGCAGCGGAUCUCCGGGCCGAGGCGACAAACAUCGCAGCUGGAGCAAAGACCGGGGGAGCCGGAGCCGAGAGAAACGGAGCCGCAGCAGAGACCGCAAGAGCCGGGACCGCCGGAGCUCCUCCCGGGACCACAAGAAGCACAGCCACUCUCCGAGGCGGACGAGAAAGAAAAGGACCUGCAAAUACUGGGACGUCCCUCCUCCUGGCUUUGAACACAUCACACCAAUGCAAUAUAAAGCUAUGCAAGCGGCCGGGCAGAUACCAACAAUAGCUCUGCUGGCGACGUCCACCACCACCGGGGUGGCUGCUGCACCGACACAAGUGCCCAUAGUUGGCAGUCAGAUGACAAGACAAGCCAGACGCCUCUAUGUUGGAAAUAUUCCCUUUGGAGUGACCGAGGAGUCCAUGGCAGAGUUCUUCAAUGCUCAGAUGCGCCUCGCGGGCCUUUCACAGGCCCCGAGCAACCCUGUGCUCGCCGUGCAGAUUAAUCAGGAUAAAAACUUUGCUUUCCUAGAGUUUCGGUCUGUAGAUGAGACGACACAGGCCAUGGCCUUCGAUGGAAUCAUUUUCCAGGGUCAGUCUCUGAAGAUCAGAAGACCUCACGACUAUCGGCCUUUGCCUGGUAUCUCAGAGCAGCCGGCUUUCCACGUCCCAGGUGUCGUCUCCACAGUCGUUCCCGAUUCCCCCCAUAAACUGUUUAUAGGAGGUCUGCCUAACUACCUUAACGAUGACCAGGUAAAGGAACUCUUGACAUCAUUUGGGCCCCUCAAAGCGUUCAAUCUAGUGAAGGACAGUGCCACGUCACUGUCAAAAGGUUACGCCUUUUGCGAAUACGUAGACGUCAGCGCCACUGAUCAGGCAGUUGCUGGACUCAAUGGGAUGCAACUGGGAGACAAAAAGCUGAUCGUCCAAAGGGCGAGUGUGGGAGCUAAAAAUGCCAAUCCUACCUCCAUCAUAGAGACCCCGGUGACGCUGCAGGUCCCUGGACUUCAGAGGCUGCAGAACUCUGGCAUGCCCACAGAGGUGCUGUGCCUUCUCAACAUGGUGAUGCCCGAGGAGCUGGUGGACGACGAAGACUACGAGGAGAUCCUGGAGGACAUCCGCGAAGAGUGCUGCAAGUACGGCAGUGUCCGCUCUAUCGAGAUCCCCCGACCCGUCGAUGGCGUGGAAGUCCCCGGCUGUGGAAAAAUCUUUGUGGAGUACGUUUCCGCUGCAGACUGUCAGAAAGCCAUGCAAGCUCUCACCGGCCGCAAGUUUGCCAACAGAGUGGUGGUCACCAAAUACUAUGAUCCGGACAUGUAUCACAGACACGAGUUUUGAAAGCACAGACGGGAGCGUCUCCUUCCUCGUUUUCUGUUUGUAAGCUUGGGUUCAGUCGGUUUCUUUACUCCUCUGAAUGUUGUGAACGUGUCCUUAGAGACUAGACCUGGAAAAGACGUUUUAUUACAUCUUCUACUUAACAAAACUGGACUGCAGUGUGUGUUUCUUCAGUACUGAAUAUCUAACUCCCAGCUUUAGCCCAAUACUCACACAGUGAACUUAUAUCAUUCUUGAAAAUACUGUAGUACUCAUUACAUUUGUGGUAGAAUGAAUGUGACAUGUAUCGUACCUAAACCCUGAACUAAUACUGCCUGACAAUACCAGAGUAGCUGUCUAUCAAGUAUGCACUAUAUGAGAAUAACCAACGGUCAGACGUUUAGAUUUCCCUCCUGAGCACAAACAUUGAUUUCUCUGUUUUAGAUCUAGAUUUGAGAAGCCAUCGACAUGUUUCUUGUGCGCCUAUGAGAGAAACAAAAGUUUUUAUUUAUUUAUUUUUCCAAAGUAAUAUUUUCCUCUAUACGUACGUCACAUAUUAAUGUUCCUUAAGCAUAUACGAUGCUAUUACCUGUACCGCUUACGUAGACCAAAUGUCGACUUUUUUUGGGCCUCAAAGGUCAUUUUGUAAAUAUGAAACAUUAAUGUCUAAAGAGAAGAAAUAUAUUGGCCAUGCACACUGGAAGCUACUUGAAUUAGGAGAUUAUAUGAAUUAAAAAAAUUGUCUUGGUUGAAACAUUUUUAUGAAACAUUUGGACCGUUGACUGUUUUUUAAACCCCUCCCCCAAAAUUAACAAUUGUCCAGGUGUAGCUUAGCAAUUAUAACUAGGGCUAGUUAGUGUUUAAAGAGUUUCUUAUUGCCUUUACAAAACCAAAAUUUAGAAGAGCAGAAGAGUAAAGAGCGGAUUAAACCGUGUUUAUGAGCUCUAAUGUAAACUAUCAAUCUAUCGGAUAACGUAUGACCACGCCAGAUAACGGAUAUCGAAGCCAAGACGUCCUCGACAGUCACAACGUCUUACACAAGAUAUUUGCAUAUGAAUGCAGCUAAGUUUAAAAAUAAUAAUAAAAAGCUAAAUCAUUGUUAAAUUAAUAUCAAUCAAUAUCUUUUGCUUUGCAACCAAAGCCCGCUCAAACACAAUUGGUCGAUUCUCCUCGGACCACCGACAGAAACCCGACCCCUGCAUUCAUAUGCAGAUAUCUGUUUAUAGAGAUUAACUGAGCUUUACCUCCAAAGCCGAGAAGCACAUCAGUAAUGCUAGUUAGCUUGUGGGGUUACGUGUUAAUCUAGUGUUUCUCCACUGCAUGGAAGCACGGUCAAAGGAUGCUAUCAGGCUAACGUUACCAGCUCUGUCUUGCUCUUUAUUGGAUGCGAUUGGACGUUUACGCGCGAGCAACACGCAGCCAACUUUACCUUUGCCAAAUAUAUCAGUUAGUCUUUAUCCUUAAAGUCUAAACAGACUAUUUGAACACGAUAACAAGCAUUUAAACUUAAGCAGAACUUGUAAUUCUUGGACUAACUAAGCUAGCUCUACACUGAAAUGCAACGUCAAUGUUGUUUACAUUUACAUUUACACUUAGCUGGUGCUUUUAUCCAAAGCGACUUACAAAAAGGGAAAUAAACACAAUUUAACACCUGCUGAAAGCUAUCAGGCUAACGUUAGCAGCUGCUAGUCCUGCCCUUUAUUGGAUAUGGGGAUGUUGAAACUCCGUUACGUUAGCAACCGUAGCUAACGUAACCUAAGAUUACAAUAAACUAUCGAGCUAUCAGGCUAACGUUAGCAGCUGCUAGUCCUGCCCUUUAUUGGAUACGGGGAUGUUGAAACUCCGUUACGUUAGCAACCGUAGCUAACGUAACCUAAGAUUACAAUAAACUAUCGAGCUAUCAGGCUAAUGUUAGCAGCUGCUAGUCCUGCCCUUUAUUGGAUAUGGGGAUGUUGAAACUCUGUUACGUUAGCAACCGUAGCUAACGUAACCUAAGAUUACAAUAAACUAUCGAGCUAUCAGGCUAACGUUACUCGAGAUAACGAUAAGUUUGCCAAAUAUAUCAGUUUGUCUGUUUGAAAACGCUAGCAUGUGAGCUAACAACCAAAACAGGUUUAUUUAAAAAUUAGAUUUAAUAUUUUUGCUUCGUCACACUUGUGAUAAAAGUAUGACUAAAACUAAACUAGCUCUAAAUUGUGAUAUAACAUCAACUCUGCUUCUUUUAGCCUCAAACUUUUAGCGCAGUGUCAUGCAUGUAGCCGUUCGUUACACACAUUAAAGACCUCUUUUACGAGAUUCUCAUUUUAAAUUAAAGCAGGAUUAACGUUAGCUUCAUUAGCUAGCUAGCUACAGCCUAUUUAAAAUCUACUAGCAACAUUUGAGAGGGCAAAACCGACAGUUACCGGCUAGAAACGAGAAGCUACUUUUGUCUUCCUAUAUCUUAAAUCAAGCACCCGUCCUUUGAAAUAUUACUUUGAAUAUCGAUAGUAAACACGCCGCGGAAAGUUUAACCGACAUAGCGGCGGUAACCAGGGGGCGGGGCUUAAUUAACUGUCACCAGCAAUAAUCUGCAGUUUGUUGCCAUAGUAACAAAUCAAAUCUGUCUUGAUGGUCUGGUUUAGAAAAAAAUAAAGCAGAUAUGCACAUGUUAAGAAACGCACCUUUAAGUUUUGUAGAUAGAAUAUUGAGUGUGUUUUUUUUAAAGCUUUAUUCUUUGUGUGAUGUUUGUUUUGCAUCUGUUAAAAAUAAAAUGUUAAAAAAAAAUGCAUAAAUUUAUUAUGAAAUAUAACCUUUUAAUCUGCUCGAACAGUUGCAGGCAGAAAUAAAAACAAACAGUAUUCCAAAUAAAUUCAUUGGGAUGUUAGAAAAUCUACAUUUGCACAUUCAGCUAACAAAUCUGUUAACAAAUUCAUAUUUUAGUGUAAUGAGUGGAACAUAUCAGAUGAAAAUAAACAGACUCUGUAUUUUAUACGUCUUUUGGAUGGCCGAAAAUGAAAAACAUUUUUAGUUUGUACAAUCCCUGCCACUGCCAUCGCCUUGAAUAAAUGCUUGCAUCUACUCUCA